CCCCAGCCCCCGCAAUACGUCAUUGUUCUACCUCCCUAUCCUCCUCCCCACCGCCACCGUCUCUUCCGUAAGUCAUGGCAGCGCUGCCUGUUCUGCUUUGCCACCUUCCUCUUAUUCCUAAUUGCCGCCGCCUACCUCCUCUGGCCCUCCGACCCAGAGCUCUCCAUUGUUCGGCUCCGCCUCGAGCGCCUCCGUUUCCACAUUCGCCCCAAAAUUUCACUCGACUUAACUAUGGACCUCACAGUUAGGGUACGGAAUCAAGAUUUUUACGAGCUUGACUAUGAUUCCUUGCUCGUUGCGAUCGGAUACAGGGGGAAGAGGCUAGGGUAUGUGACUUCGGAUGGUGGGCAUAUUAAGGCGCGUGGGUCAUCGUACGUCAACGCCACGCUCCAGCUCGAUCGGGUUGAGAUUUUGAGUGAUGUGGUUCUGUUGAUUGAGGAGUUAGCGAAAGGUGCGGUAACGUUUGAUACGGAGUCCGAGAUUAGUGGGAAGCUCGGGGUUGUCGUUUUUGACUUGCCCUUGAAGACAAAAGUAAAAUGUGAAGUGAUUGUAAAUACAAAGAACCAAACGGUUUCCCGUCAAAGUUGCUAUCCUGAGGUUUCUGAAGUGAGUAAGGAGUAAGUGUUACAACAUCCAGAUAACUGGUGAACAGAGAGAAACUAUAUAAUUUUCACAGAUUUCCUGUCAGUCUUUGUGUAAUCAUAUUCUCUGGUCAAGAAUUGUGUACAUGUUCUAUUUCGUGUAUAUUCAUCUUCCUUUAAAACAAACUAGAGACAUAUGCACAAACUCACCCCUGAGUUUGGCUUUGCUGCAUUGGGUGGUGUGUAGAACCUAGUAUCUGGGUCCUAAGGUCUUAGAUUGAAAGUACAUAUGCAUUUUCUUUCUUGUCCAUAACCAUUGAUUUGUACAAGAACACAUUUAUAGGCCAUAUUGCCAAUAAUACAUACAUUUUAUUGUA